AUGUCCAAAGAAAAGACGGGCAUCAAGGUGGUGAUUGUGGGCGCCGGCUUCGGCGGGCUGACGGCGGCCAUCGAGUGCCACCGGCAGGGCCACGACGUGGAGAUUUACGAGUCGUUCCCGGCGCUCAAGGUGCUGGGCGACAUCAUCUCGUUCGGGUCCAACGCGGGCCGCAUCUUCCACCGCUGGGGCGCGACGCCGGGCGCGGUGGCCGAGCGCCUGCGGGCCGUGUCGAUCGACCUGCGCGAGUACGGCUUCCGCAUCCACAAGUACGACACGGGCGAGGUCGUGUUCCACCAAAAGUCGCCGCCGCCGGCCGAGGACGCGCCCGUCUUCAACGGCCACCGCGGCGAGCUGCACCAGAUUGUGUUUGACUACGCGCGCGACGAGCUGCAGAUCCCCAUCCACCUGGGCCACUACGUCGAGGACUACUUUGAGGACGGCGCGCAGGCGGGCAUCGUGGUCAAGGGCGGGCGCCGGGUGUACGCGGACGUGGUCGUGGGCGCCGACGGCGUGCGGUCCAAGGCGCGCACGCUGGUGCUGGGCUACGAGGACAAGCCCAAGAGCAGCGGCUACGCCGUGUGGCGCGCGUGGUUCCCCAACACGGACAUGAUGCGCGACCCGCGCACCAGGGCGUUCUGCGCCAACGGCGACACGUUCAACGGCUGGAUCGGCCCGGACGUGCACUUUUUGUUCUCCACCAUCAAGAACGGCAGCGACUGCUGCUGGGUGCUGACGCACCGCGACGAGCACGACAUCAAGGAGUCGUGGUCCUUCCCGGGCAAGCUCGAGGACGUGUACAAGGUGCUCGAGGGCUGGGACCCGCUGUGCCGCGCCAUCGUCGAGAAGACGCCGUCGCUCGUCGACUGGAAGCUCGUCUACCGCGACCCGCUGCCCACGUGGACCAGCACGCACGGCCGCAUCCUGCUGCUCGGCGACGCCGCGCACCCGUUCCUGCCGACCAGCGCGCAGGGCGCCACGCAGGCCAUGGAGGACGGCGUCACGCUCGCCGUGUGCCUGCGGCGCGCCGGCAAGGCGCAGGUGCCGGCGGCCGUCCGCGCGCACCAGGCGCUGCGCUACGACCGCGUGGGCGCCGUGCAGAAGACGGGCGAGACGACGCGCGACAUGUGGCACAAGACGGACUGGGCCAAGGUCAAGGAGGACCCCACCAGCAUCGGCUUCCCGCGCGACGAGUGGAUCCACAGCUUUGACGCCGAGAAGCACGCCGAGGAGCAGUUUGACGCCGCCCUGGCCAAGGUCCAGGCGGCCGCAAACGACACGGCGGCUGUCCCGGCGGCCGCCCCGGUUGUGUCGGCGGAGGCGUAG